UUCACAAAAAAGCAAAAAUGGAGUACAACUUAGUGUUAUUAUACACAAGUUUGGCUAUAGGAAUUUUAACCCUAAUUAGUGUUCUAAAGAGAGCAAAUGGAUGGUUUUUCACAAUCAAAUUUAAUUCAAAGAAAUUUAACUUGCCUCCAGGUGACAUGGGCUGGCCAUUAGUAGGGAACAUGCCUUUUUUCUUACAAAGUUUCAAAGAUGGUAAUCUUGGCUCAUUUUUUUCCUACUAUGUUACUAGGUUUGGGGAGGGUGGGAUGUACAAGACGUUCAUGUUUGGAAAGCCAAGUAUUAUCAUGACAAAAGUUGAAAUAAGUAGGAAAAUAUUUAUGGAUGAUGAAAAUUAUGAUAGAGGUAUGCCAAACUAUAUCUUAAAAAUAUUAGGACAAGCUCAAGUUGGUGGAUUUACAAGAGAAGAAAGCAAGAGUCUACAUAGAAUGACAACAUUAAUAAAAAGUGACAUAUCAUUAUUAUCAAAUUACUUUGAUUUUGCAAAAGAAAUUGUGAAAAAAUCAUUUGAGAAAUUGGUUGACAUGGAAGAACCAAUUGAUGUCCUUUUAGCAAUUAAAAGGCCAGCAUUUGAUGUGUUAAUGAGAAUUCUUAUUGGUGAUGGAGUUGAUAAUGAUAUGGUUAAUAUUCUAUUUGAAGAGACUAUUUAUCUUUUUCAUGGUUGUCAUGGCUUGCCAUUUAAUAUACCAGGAUCAGCUUACAAUAGGGGAUUAAAGGCUAGAAGAGCAAUGGCUAAGAUAUAUCAAUAUAUUUUAGAUGAAAGAAAAGUGAUGAUUGGGAAAAAUAAAACAAGAGAAAAGUCUAAUAUUUUACUAGAUAUGAUGUUAAACACUCAAGAUGGUGAUGGAGGUUUCAAUGAUGAGAAGAUCAUUGCAAUGCUUGUUUCUUAUACAUUUGCUGGUUUUGAAUCUGUUGCUUUGGUAGCAUCAACUGCAAUUAUGUAUUUGGAAAAACAUCCUCACUUCUUGGACAAAGCUAAAGAGGAACAAGAGGAUAUAGUAAAGAGAAGAUCAUCUCCAAAUGAAGGCCUUAAUUUCCAUGAAAUUAAAGAGAUGAAGUAUCUUAGUAAUGUAAUUAAUGAAUCAUUACGUAUUGCUACUGCCAAAACAAUAUUCUUUAGAGAGGCAAGAAAUACUAUUAACAUAAAUGGGUAUACCAUACCUAAGGGGUGGAAGUUUUUGUCAUUUUCAUGGAAUUAUCAUAUGGACCCUCAUACUUAUGUGAGACCUAAGGAAUUUAAUCCUUCUAGAUGGGAUGAUCUUAAAACCAAGCCAGCCUCCUUUCUUCCCUUUGGAGUUGGCCCCAAAAUGUGUCCAGGAGCCAAUUUGGCUAGGCUUGAGGUUUCUGUUAUUCUUCAUUACUUUCUUCUUAACUACAGGGUGGAGCAAGUUAAUCCAGAGAGCAAAAUCGAACCUCCGAGAAAUUGUCUUGUGAAAUUCAAGAAGAUCUAAGCAUCAUCAUAUAUCAUAUGAAUAUGAAUGACAAUUUCAUUGUUUUUCAGUAUUUCCUAUUUUCAGUACUCUUUUAUCAUGUGGAUUUUAUGUGUGUGACUCUUUUUAUGUAAGCUACCUA